UUCUUCCAUCGAUCUGUGAAACGCUCCCGACACGAGCCAGUCCCUUCUCAGCUAACAUAGACCUUGUAUAGAUCUGGCUCAGGAUUUUCAACAGAUUCGAAUCUCACCAAAGUCGGUCAUUUUUUUAAGCAGGCCCCAUUACUUUCAUUAAUGGCAUAGGGAACGUGAUAGUAGCUUAGUACGACAUCGCUAAGCACUACACAAGCCAAUCAUUUACAACCUAGAUCAGUUUUCAGGUCUAACUACAACAUUUUUGAUACGUCAAAGAACCGGCAGAGGCAUCGCUCACGAUGAAUCGCUUCCGGACAAAGAAGAAGGUGAAGGAAUUGAAGGAGGAUGUGUCGAUUUCUCGGCCGACUCCUCGGCCGUCAGAAGAUUCGGAAUCAUCCACGCCUUUCCGACCGUUUAGCAAGAAGGGAAAAAAGGUCCAAGAAACCGAGAAAAUCGAUAUCGAUCUCUCCACAGCGCUGCCAUCCACAGAUAACUUCCGCACCAGCCUAUUAAUGACUGGCCUCUCUGCCCGGUUUUCCAUGUUGCGGGAGCAGGAUGAUCCAAGCACCAAGAUCGGCAAAGCUAGCGAUGACAGCGUACUCUUUCCUAAACGACAAUCGAGACUGGAUUAUGGAGGAUUCCAUGGUCUAGGAGACAUUGCCGAGGUGGAGUCUAUAAGGGCUGCUGCUCCGUUCGCUCGGAAGAACUCGUACAACUCGGACGCAGAUUCAACGAAGGCCAGUAGUAUCAUGGGACGUUCUAAACCGACGGAGGGUAACAACCUAUUUGGCGGGCGGCAGAAGAUCUACAAAAUUCCAGUGGGUGCCAACUCUAAAUCAAGUGGAAUGGGGGGUCGAGCACUAUACGAUGACGACGUGGCUCUGUCAGCCUUUCAGAAAUGGAGACAAGCAGAGAGAGAGGGCAAAUCGUAUGAGGGCGAGGGAGAUGAGGAUGAAAGGAGAGACUCAGGCGACCCAGAGCCCGACAACCUUCGCGCAGAAUCGCCCAUUUCCAGCAACUACAACCAAAAGCGAGAGACAUCCUCCACAACCUUUUCGAUGCCGUCUUUGGUUAGGAACUCGACUGCGGCGACUUCAGUCUCCUCUUCUCAGCGUGCGUCGUCAAUAAAAGAUUGGCAGCCAUCGAAUAGCUCCACAUCUACUACGGAGAGAAGCGUAACGCGCACGAGGCGAUUAUAUGAGUCUGGGCUCAAUAACGAUCUACAUGAGCAGCAGUCAUCUGCAUUCUCCCGCAUUGACUCCCUUACUCGUCAACGCACAUUCGGUGCCCUAAGUCCUGAUCUGGCGCAGAAUUCACCAUCGCCUACGACUAUCGGAUUCGUGGAACGUUUUAGUGGAGAGCGAAGGAUCCUAGCGAAGUCUAGUGCCCCGAACCUACGAUCAAUGAGCCCUCCUACCACUGCCUCUUCAGCUGGCACUCCGGAUCUCGGUGCGCGCGCACCUAGUGCAACUGAAAUGCGAUCUAACUUUGGCGGAGCUCCGCCUUUGAGCCCUCCCAUUAGUGAAACUGAGGAGAAUUCAAUGCUGAUGAUUCACCCCUAUGACCUGGGAAAGGCCACCGCUCUCGGCGUAUUCCAAAAGCCUUUGCAGCCGUACGACGAGUCAAGAUACGCCCAACGACAACUACAACGUCAGCAAGGACGGGACACACCUAGCACACCUACCCUAAGGUCUCAUGAUGAACCAAACAGGUCGUUCGUCAGUGACAGAUCGAGUUCCUCCUCGUCUGCCCAGAAGAAGGAGUCAGAUUCCAAAGUAGACGUGGUCCCCACAGUGUCUGAGCCACUACAAGACGAGGAGCAAGGAAUGUCCUUUCUAGCUGACCCGAAUGACUCUGAAAGCUCACGUGCUGUUUCUCCCCAGCCUUCCGUGUCCCCGCAGGUCGUUUUGAGACGUCCAUCAGAUCAUGAACACCCUGCCCUUCGCGAAUCUAUUGUAUCGGUACCCGUAAGCGAACCGUCACCAGUCUCAGACCGAUCAAUGUCCCUUUCUCCCAGAUCGAGCAAAGUCUCGCCUGCGGACUCGCCCACUCUGGGGCCAACUGCUGGCGCUGGGCUGAGCGGCAUGGUACGAGAACACCUUCGAAGAGACAGCAAUGCUUCGUCAAUUUAUGGUGCCAUGCCAUCCACAGCAGGCAUGGAAUCCCGUUUCCCGGAGGAUCUAGGGGGCUCCGAUACCUUCCAAGAUUUGAGUAAUAGCGCCAAUCCAUGGGAAUCGGCAGAUGGUGCCAGUCGCGAUUGGUCUUUGGACUUGGAUGUUAAUGAGCCUAUGCCGGACACUCUGUCUCAGUCCCCGAAAACUGCCGACCCGGAAGAAUUCGCUAGAAUUCGCCCUCGUACACUACCCAAUGCUCGUAAUGAUGGAGAUGAAUUUGCAGAUCAACUCGCUGAUGGAGCCCGUCGGGUACGCGAACGGUUAACUACAUAUGUCGAAUCCGACAGCCGUUCUGCAUCCCCCAACCGAUUAGGUGAUAACACAGAUGCGAGAGAUUCAUCACAACAAAAGCAGAAUGGACUCGGGUUCCUACAGCUAAAAAGCAGCCGAGGAUCAUUUGUUGAGCGGGGCCGUGAUAUAUCGCAGUUGAAGGCUUUGAAGAUGCUUGGUAUGGGGUCCUCUAACUCAUCGCGCGACCUAUCCACGAGAGACAGUUCGAGGGAACGAAAAUCGGUCGAAAAUAGCGAACGGGAGGAUAAAACAACUAGUGGUGGCGAGUCCAAUGAUGGGCUUCGUACGUUCCGCCAAGCGAAACGUGAACUACAAAAGAUGAAAGACAUGGAGAUACAAAUUUUGCAUCCGUCGCGUUACGAGCCCGAUUCAGCACGAUCAACACCCACUAAGGACCGACCGUCGUCGUCUAAGCAUCGUUCGCCCGAGCGGGAUAGGAAACCACCUCCGAUGUUCUUCCAAAAACGGUCAAAAACGGAUAUAAUACCAAGUGAAGAGCCGAGACCAAAGACCCAGGAAUCAAGAUCCCGAGAAGUGUUCAGAUCUAACCGUGCCAGAAGCAGUUCUGAGUCUAGUACUGACGGGCGGCCACGCAGCCGGACGAUACGAGCGACGGAGAAGGCCUCCGGGCGCGGUAACUUGCAAGUAGGACCAAACGGAAAUACGACGCGGCCUAUGCUACGCUCUCCUGGCCUACCUGGAACGGAUAUUAAGCGUUCACCUAUCAUGCCCCCACACCCGUAUCCGGGAUCUACGCAAAGUAGACCGACGAACUUAAUGCCAGAUAACAACCUUCGAGUUCAGACAUCCCAUGGCUUUGAAUCUGACGUAAAAUCAAGACGAAAGACAUCUCGGACCCAACAUUUGUGACGUCGAGUUCCCGAUUUCCUACCACAUCCCUACCCGAUGCCCAGCAGAACAUGUCUCGCAGCAACAGCCGAUCCGCUCCGCCCUUGCCACCUAUCAAUCCAAGACGAAGACAGGACUUCUCGAGUACCCGUGCUGUAUUUGAUAACCUGAGCCGACGCCCAACCAAGAAUCUUGAAGAUGAGGCCAGUGCCAGCAUGCCAAA